CCGCCCCCUCCUGAGGGAGAACCGGGACUCGCUGCGGACUCCAUAACCCCGGGACAUCGACCCGCCCGCGCCGCACCGGACCCCGCCGGGACUUCAUGCUGAGGAGGAGAAAGCCGAGCCAGGGAGCCGACCCGGCCUUGGACACCCUGGGGAGCCUGAGCGAGCCGAGCCGGGAGCUAGCGGCCGGGUAACAGCAUCGCGGAGCCCCGGAGAUCGCACGGGAACCUCGGCCGAGUCCAUGGAUAACACGUCCAUCAUCACCCAGCUCACCAACCCGAAGGAGGAGGGGAUCCUGUCCUGUGCCCAGGAAAAGGUUUCCCAAUGCAACAUCAGCCUGAAAAAGCAGCGGAACAGAAGCAUCUUCAGCUCGUUGUUCUGCUGUUUUCGGAGCUACAAUGCGGAGCCUCCAUCCUCCAAUAACAACACCAACACCCUGCCUCCGCUGGUGGAGGAGAAUGGUGGCAUACAAAAGGGUGAUCAGACGCAAGUCAUUACCAUUCCCAGUCCACCUACAAAAUACCUCCUUCCAGAGCUGAAAGCGUGCGACUAUGAGAAGAAAUGUGUGGUCAUAGACCUGGAUGAGACCUUAGUGCACAGUUCAUUUAAGCCAAUUAACAAUGCCGAUUUUAUUGUCCCGGUGGAAAUAGAUGGAACAAUACACCAGGUGUACGUAUUAAAGAGACCACAUGUAGACGAGUUCCUCCAGAAGAUGGGAGAACUGUUCGAGUGCGUCCUGUUCACAGCCAGCUUGGCGAAGUAUGCCGACCCAGUGGCCGACUUGCUGGAUCGUUGGGGCGUAUUCCAGACGCGGCUCUUCCGAGAAUCUUGUGUGUUCCAUAGAGGAAAUUAUGUGAAAGAUCUGAGUCGUCUAGGAAGGGAGCUGAGUAAAAUCAUUAUAGUGGACAACUCGCCGGCAUCUUAUAUCUUCCACCCAGAGAAUGCGGUCCCAGUGCAGUCUUGGUUCGACGACAUGUCCGAUACGGAAUUGCUCGACCUGAUUCCCUUCUUCGAAGGACUGAGCAAAGAGGAGAACGUUUACAAUAUGCUCCAGAAGCUCUGUAACAGGUAGCCCUGAAAGUGCGCCCUCCGGUGGGACAGCUGGACUUUGCAGCAUCUACCCGCGCAUUUGGCUUUUUCCACAGUUGAUACGAAACAGGAAAGAUCAAGCUUCGCAGAAGACUCUUCUUUUGCCCAAAUGGUAAUGCUGUUUUUUAUCCCCGGCAUCUGAGCCCCAUAUCUCUGCUUAUAGAGAUCAAGCGGAAUAUCUGAGGUCAAUUUUUCAGCAUCUGAUGGGUUAACGAACAAUGGACAAAGAAAUAAAGUAAACAAAAGUAUUUUUAAAGAGAGCUUUUCACUAAUUUUCAUAAGAUUCAUAAGAACUUUUCAGGCUUUUAUAAAGGAAAAUAACACACCAAAUGAAUCCUAUAUACUAAGGAUGUAAAGACACGCUUGAUAUUGCUGGCAACGUCUUUCGGCUCCCCCUCUAUACCCCACUCGCCCCACACUAUGCAGAAAUUGCCCCCUUUGCUUCCAGCAGUUGACCUGCCUGAGGCGGUUCCCCUUACAGAAUGAAGUGCCUUCCAAGUCUUUGAUUUUAAGAGGAAAAAAACAAACAAAAACAUUUUCUACUCAAAUACAAUUUACAUACCUGCUGUCUUUUUACCGUUUAACAGAAGCGAAGAAAACUUUCUAAAGUACACUUGCUACUAAUCAUGGACUUUGCAUGCUGCAACGCCACCUAAUCCACAUUUCCCACUUUUCAUAUCCGCAGUUCCAGGCCGUUAAACCCCAGCCGCUCCUUUUUAGUUGCGUUCUCAUUUACGCUACAGUUUGGACAUGUCGGUUGUAUAUUUUUAAUCAGUUUUGUGUAUAUUUCUUUUUCCAGCGUCUAGACUGUAAUAUACAUUUGUUUGGGGUGUUUUGUUUUUUUUUUUUGUUUUUUUAUUCACAGCUCCCAGUUUUCAGUUAAAAUUUCUUAUUUAGAGAGGGAAGGGUCAGCGGAACCUUCAGUUGCCAUUAUGUCAGGAAGUGGUCUUGGAAACGUUGGGGAAAUCUAUUUAUUGAUCACUACAGAUUUGAUUUUUUUUUUUUUUUCUUCAAUUUGGAAAUAAGCUGGAUGCUUUUGUGUUGUAAAAGGUUUUAUUUAACUGCUGCUAUUGUACAGUCUCCAACCACCGGCUGUCGAAACUGUUCUUCGCCACUGUGCCUAGGCUCCGAGUGCUUGCUGCAAACUCGGGCAGUACACAGAGUAUCUCAGUAGCCGUGCCCCCCCUCCCCAACCACCAUCAUCCUCUGUACUGCAGACUUUUGUACUACGACUUCUACACAGUGUGUAUUUUGUAUCUCAGGAAUACACAUCUACCCGUCCGCAAAGUUGUCACUGCUAAACCGUCAGACAGGACUCAUCGGUGUUUAACGCAGGUUUUGGAAUUUUUAAAAAAAUCACAUGGGUUUCAUUUUUGCCAUGGACAUAACGUUAAGCCAACGGUUGGUGAUCUGUGGUUCUCCAGUUGUAGCCCCGAAGGGUCUCGGCGAGUCUUGCUCCGCACGGCACGCGGAGAGCCCUAGGUUCGCUUCCCACUGGCUUAAUCUUAUUGUGCAUAAGGUCCAUCACGUAAUGGUUUUGGGGGAAGUUACUUGAUUUUGUUAAUUUUUGUUUUCGUUAUCCCACUAGAUCAUUAUUUUCCAAGUUACGUUUUGUGAAGUUUAUCGUUUUUGUUUUUCUAGCUAUUUUCCGCCACAGUACUGUUCUCGGUUUGCAGCGUUUUAUCAGUAAAAAGUCGUGUAAUCAGUAUCAUGAUGUUUGUAAUAAAACCUGAUGGUGCGUACAUAAUUUUAAACCAGAAAAGAAAAA